AUGACACAAGAAAACAGACAGAAACCCUCUCUACGAGUUACAGCAGCAGAUGGAGCGGUGCUGGUCGGUGAUGCUCCAGAAACCGAUGAGGCGCCAUCCUCACCACAACCGAUCCAGAAGAAAGACAGUCUAGAGGUACCAGUCACAAGGUCCAAAUCACUGCCCAAGGCCAUCGUUGGUGCAUUUUCGAAGUUUGAGUCUAAUCGCGACAAACAGUUCCACAAAUUGUUUGAGAACAUCCCACAAGAUGAAAAAUUGAUAAAAUCCUACCCUUGUGCUUUAGUGCGUGACGUACUCCUCCAAGGCAGAAUGUUCAUAUCUGCGAACUGGGUUUGUUUCAACGCAAACAUCCUAGGCUUUGAAACAAAGGUUGUCAUUCCCGUGGAUGCCAUUCGCAACAUAUUCAAGACAAAGUACACUUUACUUGUUCCCAGCGCAGUAAGCAUCCAUACAGAUACGGACAAGCAUGUGUUCGGUUCUCUGUUAUCCCGCCGAGCUACGUACAAGAAAUUGAUGGCAGUUCGGCAUGGAAAAAGCACUAACGAUGAUGAGGAAAAAUCAAUAGCGAGUCAAGAUGGAUCCUACAGCCAGGACGGUCGCGAAACAUCACUCACCGACGAUCAAGUCUUUGAGGAUGAGGAAGAUGACUCAGAUAGAUCGCAGCCAUUCAGAUCUGAACCCCGUAAGAUGAUUUCUGGACGAGCACAUCGCGUCAAGGAAGACAAAGACCAAGACAUGCAGAAUACAACCAGAGUAGGGCGGUCAAGAUUACAGACGUUUAUUGUACAAGUAAAACACUUAGCCGAAUCGGUCCGGGCUAUGCAACUCGUGUUGCCCCUGGCUAUAUUGGUGAUAUGCUGUCUAUGUGUAUCUUCGUGCGUAUUGGCCUGUCGCAUUGCUAGAGUACAGGCUCAGAUGCAGAAAUUCCCCGAAGUAGCAGAAGCAUUGGAGUGGAACAGGAUACUGGUAACCAGUCAAUCGGGUCAUAUGGACCAGGUGUCAAGACUUCGAGAUUCACUGGUACUCAGUCUGCAAAUACUCAACAAGAUGCAUUCAUCACUACAGCUGAUUAACCAACCGCCAACCACCACCACCAAUGAAAUGGAUUCUCUUCCACACUAGAUGAUGACGUUCGGAUUCUUAUUUAUAGUGGACCUCUCCUGCAUGUCAAUCAACCACUGUGCGAGGACCGAAAUUAGAUCACGAUUUUUAUUGUAAGAUGGCCACGAUAAAGCUCGGUCAAUCUCAGUCACUGUGUGGAAAUGAACCCCCUGAUCUCCACGAACAAAAGAAAUCUGGAUAAUCUCGAGGUGUACAAAAAAGGGAGUUAUUAUGCAGUCAGGCGACACUAUGCACUGGUUCCCGAUCUCUCGUUCCAAAGUGGGAAGGGAACCAGCCUGAACUACUCCCAUUGUUCAAAAUAAUUGAAAUAAAGUCUUCAAAAAGUAUACGCAAAUUUUUAUCUAAACAUAAAUUUUAUGUAACAUAUAUUUUUUUGCCAUUUUCCCGUCUUUUUCAAAAUAUAAAUAAUAAUUCGUUGAGGAAAAAGUGUACAUAUUCAGUUAAAUGAGAUAUUUUAUUUAAAAAAUAUAUUGUUCUUGGGGUGGUAAUAUGGCGAACGGUUGAUUUUUGACUGAGACUGCGUAAAAAAAUCAAGACUGGAAGGCAACAAUCAGAAAGCCAUUAAAGUCCUCACUUCCGUUCUCAUCCGCAUCAUGUGAAGUUAAGCCAACAACUCUCGUUCUUAAUCUUCAGGGGCUUCAGCAAGGGUUUCUGUGAAUUUGACAGAAACGUUGGUCCGCCGAUAAAUUGUCAUUUGGAUGCCCGACGUUUACAGAGGACAGUUACCAAUUUAUUACCCAUAUGAAAAGAUAUCACUCAACUUAAUGAUCACCAAGUUUCUAAAACUGGCUGCCAUGAUUGACAUCCCACGAAAUUAGUUUGCUAAACUGACCCCGGUAAAGAACUAAUGAAAUUCACCCAAUGUCAUGCUGCUCGGCCGAAUCGUCCAAGAGAUAUUAAAAAAUAUCAAAGGGGCACAAUAAUUGUGCCGCCCAAUGAUGGGCCAAUUAAGUACUUUGUUACUUACACAAGAGUAAUGAGAGAGACGACAAUGACAUUAAUUCCUCUUGAUGCUUUUAUAGUAAAUGUAUCAUAGGUAAAUAUUAUCGUUUUCAGUUAACUCUAAGAUCUAUUUUGGCAUGUGCAGAGUCUUAAUAUUUUGUACAAUUCCCAAACAUGGAAAGGCUAUCAAGCAAGACGUUUGUUGAUAAUAAUAAAUAUUGCAAAGUAAGAGGAGAAUGUCACAGAAAACUUUUAGAGAGGGACAAUAUUUCAAACCUGGUGAAUCACAUUACAUAACUGUUCCUUUUCCACCACCGGACUGCAAAACGUCCUGCGUGGUUUCUGACUGAAUAUUAUUCUAAAUUUUACAUAAUUGUACAAAACAUCCACCAUUUUUACAACUUCAAUUUCUUGAUAUUGUAUUUUGUGUGUGAAAAUGCUCUUGUAUAAUUGAACUUUAUAAUAUAUUAUUGAACAAAAAAUGUACAUGGCCCAAAACCAUAACCACUGUUGUAAAUUGUACAUUUUCCAAGUUACAAAGGUUUUGUUUCAAAUUAAACAUGUCCUAACUGCCUCAGAAUCUUCUGAAUCCAGCUGCAUAAGGAUACAAUACAGUGGCAUUG